AUGUGCAUUUAUGGUAUAAAAAUUACGGACGGAUUUGAUUUUUCCAUAUAUUAUAAUGAUCCGGAAAGAGAUGCUAGUAUGGCAGAGAAACUUGACAAUAUCGGAAUGGAUUUAUGCCAAUAUGUACGACUAACAGGUGCUACUGCUAGUGAUCCGUUUCAGGAGGUAGUCGUUCCGAUUAAUGAUAAACAUUUGAUUGAUAUGUUUAUAACUUGUUGUAAUGAAUGUGAACGUGAUGAAGAAAAUUGGCGCAUUUAUUUAAAGUCACAAUUUCUUGCUCAUCGGUAUUCGAUCAUUGAAACGAUCAGUAAAUAUCAUAGUUAUGAAUUAACAGGACGUUUGAGAAAAUUGAAUUUUCCAGCAAUUUGCAUAACAGAAGAUUAUCGAGAAAUACCAGUAACCGGAAAUAAUAAUGUAUGCUACACAUAUGGUAAACAAAAUUUUAUCAAUCCAUUAGCUGGUGAAAAAUAUCCAUCUGUGUUUAAAAAUUUGCUAAAAAUGGGACAAUAUAAUGCAACUAUCGCUGUAAAAUAUUCAUUAGGAGAAUAUUGUGACAUGAAUUAUGCUCAUUUAGCUAGUGUUGUAGAAUCAUGUUCAUUCGGUUUGUUCCAGCAUAAUUUCGAAUAUUUCUGUUGUUGUUAUGGUAUUAUUUUGAGAGAUUGUCAAAAAACAGCGGCGCUUUUAUUCCGCAAAAAUGAAGCAAAGCAUAAUCAUUUAUUUUGUUUAUUUCAUAAAGAAAAAAUUGAAAUAGAUGGAAAUAAAGAAGGGAAGAAAAGUAUAACUUUUAAGAUGACCGUAGGAACAAUGCUACAUAUUAUGGAAGAAUUGAAUGAUUAUGGGUACUGCUAUAUGCAUUUGAAACCAGAUAAUAAUAUUAAAUUUGGCAUUGAUGAAUCGCUGUGCAUAAAAUCGGGCCUUUUAGAUAUUCGUCUUCGACCAAUAAUUAGAACAUAUUGUUUUUCAACUAGUGAUUAUGAUGAUUAUUGUCCAUUCAUAACACCUGAUACGAACAAAACGCACGACAUAUUAUGUUGUUGUAAUCAUCAACAUUUCUGCAAUUACAAUCCUGAUAUUUAUACAAAAUUAGCCAACCAAAAUGCUACUCGUCCAAAAUGCUUCUAUAACGAUAGAUAUCAGUAUUUAUUCAAUCAGUAUUACGUCAAUUCAACGCAUAAUGACGUGUGCUUAUUACAUUUUAUUGAUAGUAACACAAUAAAUGAUAUUAGCACAACUAGCAGCAAAAAUGGUUCAAUUUUUCACUUAUAUCCAGGAAAUGGAUUUUAUCCGAUUGAUUUUUCAUAUACAUUCCUGGAAAAUAAUACUUGUACAUAUGUUGAAGUAGAAGUAAGAUUGAAAUCGAUUUUCUAA